CAAACAAACCUAACCUACCCUUGAAUUUACAGUGAGUGAUUUGCUUGUCAAGAAUACGUGUGCCUUGCUGCGUUAUUUUAACAAGUAUCGCUGCCUUUCAAUUAUUUUUCCAUUUCUCCAGAAUUUUAUUCACUUUUCUAUUUCGAAUGUGCGUGAAAUAAGUCUCAAUUUUCCACCAUGGCUCAAUUUCCUCCCUGCCCUCCUUCGCUCCAGAGCGUACAACACUAUUUGAAGAUAGCAUGCGAACAUGAUGAAAGGGAUGCUGUUAUUAGUUAUUGGUGUCGCUAUUAUGCUUUAAAUUGCGCCAUGAAAAUUGACAAAAGUUCAAAUGAGGCGAAGCAACUUUUAUUUGCACUUAUGGACUGGCUGGAAAAAGAAAAGAAAAAGCUCUCUACCAAUGAAGCAAUAACCAAUGAUGUUGCUGCACACGCCCAUAUUGAGAACUAUGCUAUGAAGUUAUUUACAUGGGCUGACAGUAUGGACCGUGCUUCGAAUUUCAACAAAAACACGGUCAAAGCAUUUUAUACAUCUGGUAUGCUUAUGGACGUCCUCACUGAAUUUGGUGAGCUCUCUGAUGAAAUCACCCAAAAUCGCAAGUAUGCAAAGUGGAAGGCAGCUUAUAUCCAUAAUUGUUUGAAGAAUGGGGAGACUCCAGUCCCGGGUCCAAUGCCUGGUAAUGAAGAGGGUUUGGAUAUUCCAUCGAAUUCUGACAAUAUUCCAGCAUCAUCAGGGUCUGGGCCAAGUCAACCAACACCUCCAACUCCUAAUAACACACCGAAUGUUGCAGGAUUUAUGCCUCCUCCAGCUGCCUUCCCCUCUGGUGGGUUGAAUUUCCCAUCAAAUCCAGAGAACAACCAAACUAAAAUUACGCCUCCUAGUCCAAAAGUUAAUGUAAAUCCUAAUUUUCCUGAGCCUGCCGAUAGUGAUGCAUUCAAAGCUGCGCCCAGUAAUUCCUCUGGAAUGCAACUCAGUCCCGAAAAGACAGCUAAAGCACAGAAAUAUUGUAAGUGGGCAUCAAGUGCGCUUAAUUAUGAUGACAUUCCAGAAGCUAUUUCAAAUUUACGUAAAGCGCUCCAUCUUUUAGAGACUGGAAAUGAUUCAUAGUUCUUUCAAAGCUGACUCUGUUCAAGCUUCAAGCUGUACACGGUGAACUCAUCACAAUUCAUCUCGAUUGAUUACCAGAAAAGUAUCUGCAAAGUCUGCUAAGUAUUUGGUAGUUAUUUUUUUAAUUAUUUUUACGGUAUACUAAAUUAGCCUAUAAGUUUUAUUGUUAUUUUAUUUUAUUUUAAGAAGUAAAUACUCAGCUUGAGAACAAUUAUGUACCGUUUCACUUUUCAUUGGUGGGAUGAUACCAUUGCGGCUUCUUUUACAGCUGAUCAUGAGCUGCCUAAAAUUAUGUCAUUAAAAUUAUCAGGCUAUCUCAAAAGAAUUAAACUUGUAUUAUGCUUUCAAAAUUAAGAUAGCUUGCAAAAAUACAGUAUUCAUUGCUCAUAAUUCAAGUAAUUUUUCAUUACUUGAAACUUAUUUAAGCAAAAAAUGACGGUGGAAAACCGAGAAAAAUUACAGCUUCUGAUAUUUUCAACGAAAAUGUUUUAUGUCAAUUUUAUCCUAAGUUCAAGAAAUAUAUGUCUACUAUUAUAUGGUCAUGACUGAGAGCUGAACUGAAAUUAGUCUGUCCGAUAAUAAUUGACUCAUUAGUGGAUGUUGAGUAUGUCAAUAUCUAGUAUUCUGCGCAGUAACAUUAUCUGGCAGCAUUUUUGAAUCUCUGGAAUUACUUUUGCCUGUGACAUUUUCAUCAGAGUGCAGAAAUUUUGAAAUGCAGGCCGCAAGCUGCAUUCUACCUUUAUUCCUAAGGCCAGAUUCUCUCGAGAUGUUUAUAAAAUUCCCUACCUUCCUCAAAUUUUUUGCUGAAAUUUUUUAGAUUUUUGGAAAAUAAGUUAUCACUUUUUGAAUUUUUUUCUAUUUGCAUCAAAAGCUCGCGUUUACAAAAUUUUAGGCAAUUGCUGUCGUAGAUGUGAGAGUUAUUCUCAGUAAAUGCAAUCUACCAUAUCUGGUUGCAACAGAGAUUAAAUCAAUCAAAUUCAGUCUUUUGGUACUCUGCUCUGAAACAGAUUUUUGAACUUUUGAACCACAAAAUUAACCGAGUAUGUUCACUGGAUUAAGAAAUUAUUGUGAAGUAUAGGUUUUUUAAGAUUUUAUUAAUUGAACACAAUUGUGAAAUGAAUAUAAAUAUUGAGAUCAAGUGAAUAAUUUACUUGUAAAAAGAUAUGUACAAACAAUGAAAGUGAGCCAAAACUGUCGGUAUCAAACACCUAAAGAAAGUAAUUCCUUAUCAGAACACCAAAA